AUGAGUAGUUCUUUUAUUUCAAAUCCUCAAAAUAGAAGAUUAUCAUUGAACUUGUAUCGAUCACUUUUGAGAAAGUGUAAUCAUUUCGAUAGUAAUCCUAAAUAUAAAGCAUUUUUUGUUACACCACCAUCUCUUCGUUAUCAACUACCGACUUUCUUCUUACCAAGUGUCUCAUUCACACAGAAUCUUAAAGUACUAUUCAGAUUAUAUGCAAAAUAUGAAUAUCCUACUCAAAAUCAAUCCGAUAAAGAACAAUCAAUUCUACAAGAUGUUGAAAUGAAGAAACCGAAUUCACUAGCAUCUGAAUCUAACCUUUCACCAGAGAUCAAUGAUAUCAUUGCAAGUCUACAGGAAUCCGUUACCAAGAAAGCGAUAAAUAUAGAUAUUAAUGAUAUAGAUGAUCAAUCAUUAAAAACAACAGCAACAAACAACAUAAAUAAUAGCAUUAAUGAUAAUAAUAAUAAUGUUAAAAUAGAUAAAGAUAAACAAAAAGAAUCAAAUAAUAAUAAUAGUAUAGUAACACCAAUACCACUUGUCAAUUUAAAUAGUAAUAAUACCGUUGCCUACGAGUUCGGUGAUCGGUGUACUACAGGAUCAAUUCGACAAUGCACCGCAACUGAAGAACCACCAGUACUCAAAGAAUCUCGUACAACACUUUCGAUUCAGUGCGAAGCGACCACUCUCACCAUUCACCAAGACACCGUGGUACUGCGGUGGUCCGUCGUCGAUCGAGCACACCUCACACAUCGUCAAAGGUCUCGAAGGUCUGCCAAUGACUCAGAUCAUACAUCCAUUCAGUCGGGUAAGUUGUUGACAACAUCAACGUUAAUAGCAAAGUUGAUAAUAGUAUUAAUGUUUAUGUUUAUGUUUAGUGAUAAGAUAAAAACAAAAGAGAUUCCACAUGAAUCGGUUAUGAUGAUGGUUGGUUGCUCACUUUGGAAACCGGGAGAAUUGAGAAAGUUGAUCGAUCAAGGUGCUUGGUUCCAAGCGGAUUGCACAAACGAACAGAUCUUCAAGUUGGGUAAGGACGAGAAGUUCUGGGCAGAGGCAUUACAAUCGAUGGGUGGUGAUUAUCGUGAUUUAAUUAAUAAUUAA